AGGGGGGAGCUGCGGGCUAAACAGUUUGAGGACUUGUGGGAACGGACCUGGUACUUGCUCUCGCCUUCGCCUGUCGAUGUGAUCUAGAUACAGUAUCCCCGAGGUGGCGCAUCGUUUACACCUCUUGUUCAAAACGACUGCAGCAAACAAUCAACGAGAAAGGACGCCAAUGGGUUUUGGAUCGAUGCGUACGCUUCCAUCGCGCGUUUAGGCCUUCCGGAUACUCUGCAUCGGGCAUACUCUGGGAAAGCCAUAUAGUCGCUCUAGAAACCAAGCUCAAUGUGGGAGCCUGCGUUUGCUCGCUAGACUCAUGACAUGUGCUUCCUUGAAGGGCUUUGGUUGUCUAGAUGGAAUGGCCUGCUGGAUGAUCGAUGAUAGGAAUGCCGAAUUCUAAAAUCAUGCGAGUCCUGUGUCAGGAUUGGCUUUGGUUCACUACGGGUCCCAGUUUUUGGAUCCGGCCGCCAUAAAUUCCUUUUGGGUCCUCAAGCAGGGGCGUAGGGCAUGGUUUGGUCAUCUCAAGCUCGUGGAAAUUUCUAGCGUUGGUUGCGACAGUCAAUGGCUUUUGUUUCCCGAUAUAGAGGCACUGGAUGGCAGUGGCAGAUGGAAACAUUAAGACGUUGGUUUCUGCCAGUUGGAGGCUUUAAUACUAAAGCCAUGUGCUGUGCUCCGUCGCUCGAGCGGCCGUUGAAACCAGACGUCACCUUCGCAAGGAAGGAUUUCUCCCCCCUCCUCUUUUCCAUUCGAAUGGCGUCAUAUGAAGGACACCGGAUUGAUACCUGCAAAAACUUCAAUCCAGGAAAAUCCCAUGGUUUCCAGCUUACUCGCCUUAGGAACUGGUUUCAUCCCUGUGCUGGAAAAACAAUUUAACUGCGGGCUGUAACUAAUCUUCCGAGGUCGAUGCUCUUUACAAUUGGGAAUCGCGCCUUGAUAGGGAGAAUCAAGUUUAUUAAAUAAUAACAACAAA